CCUCCGCUCUCCACUCAUUCCCCUCCAGCCUGAGCAGAAGGGAACUGAAUCUCCAGCAGCACCAUGGCCUCCAACUUCUCCAGCUACAGCUUCGUCUCCUCUGGCGGCUCCAUGAGGGCCAACCCUCUGCGCUCUGCCUCCAGCAGCAUCCACCUGGGCAGCAGGAGGGCCGGCAGCGUCUAUGGUGGAGCCGGAGGAUCUGGGGUUCGUAUCUCCUCUGCCAGCAGCGUGGCAAGCGGCUUCAACCUGGCCGACGCCGUGGACGUGUCUGCAAAUGAGAAGGCCACCAUGCAGAACCUCAACGACCGUCUGGCCACCUACCUGGAGAAGGUGCGCUCCCUGGAGAAGGCCAAUGCUGAGCUGGAGCUGAAGAUCCGCCAGUUCCUGGAGAGCAAGGCUUCCCCCAAGGCUCGGGACUACUCUGCCUUCUACACCACCAUCAGUGACCUCCAGGCCAAGAUCCAGAAUGCCAUCACAGUGAAUGGUGGCAUCUAUCUCAGCAUUGAUAACGCCAAGCUGGCAGCUGAUGACUUCAGAGUCAAGUACGAGAAUGAGCUGGCCAUGAGACAGUCUGUGGAUGCCGACAUCUCUGGGCUGAGGAAGGUUCUGGAUGAGUUGACCUUGGCCAGGUCAGACCUGGAGAUGCAGAUUGAGGGUCUGAGGGAUGAGCUGAUUUACCUGAAGAAGAACCAUGAGGAGGAGCUCUUGGCAGUGCGCUCACAGUUGGGUGGUCAGGUCAAUGUGGAAGUGGACGCCGCACCACAGGAAGACCUCUCUGCCGUCUUGGCCGGAAUCCGCGAGCACUACGAAGCUGUGGCCGCCAAGAACCGCAAAGACCUUGAGGCCUGGUACCAGACCAAGAGCGAAGCACUGAGCAAAGAAGUCGCCAUCAGCACAGAAACCCUCCAGACGUCCAGAUCAGAAAUAACAGAAGUCAAGCGCACACUGCAGAGUCUAGAGAUCGAGCUGCAGUCUCAGCUCAGCAUGAAAGCUUCUCUUGAGACGACCCUCGCUGAGACCCAGAGCCGCUACGCUAGAAUGCUCACUGGCUACCAGGUGCAGGUGACCAGUCUAGAAGAACAGCUGGCGCAGCUCCGCGCUGAUCUGGAGCGCCAGGGUCGCGAAUACCAGAUGCUUCUGGACGUGAAGACCAGACUGGAGCUGGAGAUCGCCGAGUACAGAAGACUGCUGGAUGGAGAGACCACCACCACCACCACACAGUCAUCUACCACUCGAAAGGUGGUGAUUGUUACAGAAGAAGUGGUGGACGGUAAAGUGGUCAGUUCAUCCUCCUCAGCCAGUGAAACCAAAACAACCAAGUGAGGAUCCUGAAUCUCCACUACGUGGCAUGAAGAUCAAGAGCCCUAUGAAGAUGAUCCUCAAAGCUCAUAAAGAUCAAUAAAAUCAAGAUCUUAAUUAAUGAA